AUGGCUAACACAAGCAAAGAACAAAUGCAGGUUAUGGUCGAUCAAGGUGUAGUAGAAGAAGUUAAUGGUUAUUGUAACUACGUCAGUCCAGGUUUUUUCAUCAGGAAAAGAGAUACUGAAGAACUCAGAUUGGUAAUAAACUACAGAACAGCUAAUCAAUAUGUCAUUGGAAUGGAAUCACAACUACCAAGUAUUUACGAUUCAAUAGUCACUUUGCCUGACUCGGUUUUUACGGUGUUAGACAUUACAUCAGCCUUUUAUACUGUUAAGUUGGAUAAAUUGUCCCAAGAUUUCCUUUGCUUCAAAGUUGGGAAUCAGACUUAUAGACCUCUUAGAGCUCCUAUGGGCUAUAAGAAUUCUGCUCAAUUGUUUGCCGCUUUCAUAAACCAUAUUUUACCCUCCUCAUUGAAACCACAUCUUACUAUUUAUGUGGACGAUUUGUUAAUCAUUGGUAAACCGAACACAAUUGUGUCUUUGACACGUGAGGUGAUCCAACACCUAGGGGGAUAUGGAAUUAGGUUUUCUGCUAAAAAGAUUCAAUUUAAUCAAAGGUCUAUAGAAUACCUAGGUUAUAAAAUAGUCCCAGGUGGAAUAAAACCUCUUGAAAGGCACAUUGAAGCUAUUGUCAACCUACCGCCACCUCAAACAGUCAGGGAUGUAAGAAGUUUAAUAGGAAUGGCAAAUGUUAUUAGGAAUUGGAUACCAAAUAUCAGCGAAUCGUUGAAACAUAUGUAUCAAACUAUUAAAGAUUAUGGUGACAAAGGAAAAAAGGGCAGAAUAUCGAUAAGUGAAGAAUUGAUAUUGGAGUACCAAAAUUUCAAGGAAACAUUACAAAGACUACCAACAAUUGGUCGGUUUAUUCCAGGUUACCCAAUUUUGAUCUUCACCGAUGCUUCCCGAUAUUCUACUGGUGCAGUUGUGAUCCAACUAAGUGACAAAGCUGAUAGUAGAAAACCAAUCCAGAUAAUCAUAGACGAAAUUAAAGAGAGAAAUGGUAAAGUUCAAGGGAAAAUAUUAGGCUUUUCGAGUCAUAAGUUAACACCUGCAGAACAAAAUUACUCCGUUUAUGAUCUAGAGCUAUUAGCUAUUGAUAAAGUAUUGGAACAGUAUGAACAGUGGUUGAUUGGUUCCCCAGUUACGGUAAUUACAGAUCAUGCUAACUUAAGUAGAUUAACAACUAAAGUUAGGCUGACUCCCAGAAUUAGUCGAACCAUGGAAUUCCUGAUGCAAUUUGAUGUAAGAAUAGGGUUUAUGGAAGGAGACAGCAAUACAAUGGCUGACGGACUCUCAAGAUAUCCCAUACACAAAUCAUCAGAGCCAUCCAAAAUAGAAGUAGAAUUAUUCAGAAGGAGCAAAUUAAGACCAGAAAUACUGGAACCAUCAAUUCCGUACGAAGAUACUGAAAUUCCAAAUCAAGUUAAACGUUUGUUUAUAACUACAGCUAAAAUCAAUGAAAGUGAUAAUGUAUUUUUGAGAGUACCAGAAAUGACACUAGAAAUUGUGGAGAAAUAUCAAGAGGAUCAAAUACAUGAUAUUACUGGACUGCCAAUUACAUUACAUGACAAAUUAAAGGAAGCUGUGAGUAACAUCAAGGUAAAUUCGAAACUCCAUUUUUUAACAAUACAAGGUGAUAAACUGCUAACUAAAGAGCAUAAAUGGUGGAUUCCACAAGAACAAUACGAAAUAAUAUUGUGGAUUAUAUGGAACACACACAUUAACAAUGAUAUGCAUCGUGGUAUACAGGAAACACUUCGAUGUAUUAGGAAACGAUACAACUUUGAUGAUCUCUAUAAACUUACUCAGGUGGUUGUCAACUCUUGUAAAAUCUGUCAAUCGAAUAAACCAACAAAUUUUUCGAUCUCAAACUACCGAUAUAUCCCUACUCCUAGCCGACCACAUAUGAUUAUGAGUGCAGACCACAUUACCGAUCUCGAUACUUCCAAAGAUGGAUAUAACGAAAUAUUAGUGAUAGUGGAUCUUUUUACUCGAUAUACAUACUUAAUCGCUGCGAAGAAACAGGAUACGGCAGAAGAGACAUUUCAGAGAUUAGAAGAGAAACUUUGUUUACAUGGCGGUUUACCCAUCACGAUGCUAACCGACAACGGAACAAAAUUCAAAGGUGAAUUCAACAAAAAUUUGUCUUGGCGUGGAAUAAAUCAUUGGAAUACUUCUAUUUACAGAGCAAAGUCAAACGGUGCUAACGAACGUAUGAAUGGUAUUAUUAAACAAUGUCUAAGAACUCAUGGAGCAUUAAUGCGUCCACAUUGGCCUCAACAUCUAUCAGCUACUGAAUUUUUCAUUAAUAGUAGGACACACUCGGCAACACGUCGAUCUCCAAAUGAGUUGAAAUUUGGCUAUGAACCUGAAUGGAUAGAUACAAAUAAACGUCUGGAAAUGCUUAAUACUGAUACCAGAAUACAAGUCAUGUCAGAUGAAGAAUGGUAUAAUUAUAUCCAAGAAAAGGUAAAACCAAUUCAAGCCCUAUUAGUAAAAAGUAAAGAUAGAAAUAAACAGAAGAUUACCAAAACAGGGAAACCAGUAGUAUUACAAAGUAGGUGA